UCGCAUUGAAACAAUAGAGUUUACCUGCUUAAAUUGCACUAUGGAAAAUUUAUAGUCCAUCGAUUGGCCAGUAUGCAUAUAAUCACCAUGGACAACAGCCAAUUAUCCGCUGGAGUACGCCCGUUGCCUCCAGGUCUUCAACAGAUCGCCAUCGAGGAGCUGAACGAAGUGCCGGCUCGUGUUGCAUCAGAUAUUGCGGCCCUACGAGAGUGGCUGCAGAAGCAGCCGCAUCUCUGCUCCUGCCUCACUGAUCAAUUCCUGCUGGGCUUCCUGCGGGGCAGCAAGUUCAGUUUGGAGAAGGCCAAGCACAAGAUUGAUCGCUACUACACGCUGCAGGCUGCAAUUCCCGAGGUCUUCAAUGAGCAUCGCUUGGCCGAUGAUGCCCAGGUGCUGGAGAUCAUUCGUAUGGGCGUCAUUCUACGCAUUCCUUUGGACGCGGGCGAUACGGGUCCGGCUGUGACCAUUAUACGCACGGGUUCCUAUGACACGCAGAAGUUCAAGUUCCAGGAUAUUAUUCGAGUGGGCUCCAUGUUUGGCGAGAUCAUGAUGCUAGAGGACGACAACGCAAAUGUCAGUGGCUACAUUGAAAUAAUGGACAUGACCGGAGUAACUGCCGCCAAUUUGUUUGCCCUGCAGCCGCAGCUGUUGAGCAAGUUUUCGGCCUUUGCGGAUGAGGCGAUGCCCACACGGCAGAAGGGAAUACAUUUUAUAAAUGUGCCCGCCUCAUUCGAAAGUGGCUUCAAGUCGCUGCGCUCCUUCUUUCCCGAUAAGGUCAAGAAUCGCGUAUCUGUCAGCUCCGAUCCGGAGGCCAUCUUUGAGCGUGUGCGUCGCGAGUAUCUGCCCAAGGAAUACGGCGGCAGCCGGGGCACCAUGCAAGACAUCAUAGACCAAAUGGAGGCCAAAAUGUGCAGCUAUCGCGAAUACUUCGAGCAGUCGCGUCACUUUGGCACCAACGAAAAGCUGAGGGAAGAUAACCCAGCCAAUACAAGCUCUCAGAGCUACUUUGGCCUGGAUGGCUCAUUCCGCAUACCUUCAGUUGUGUACUGGCUGCCCGACCUGGCCAACAUGCCGUCCAUUCGUCCGCUAAGUCCGGCCCUGCAGCAAAAUGCUAUCGAGCAGCUGAACGAGAUUCCGGAGCGCCUGGAUGCGGACAUAGCCGCACUGCGUCAGUGGAUUGCCCAGCAGCCACAUCUGAAAGCGCGCACCGAUGACCAGUUUCUGGUCAACUUCUUGCGUGGCUGCAAGCACAGCCUGGAGAAGACCAAGUCCAAAAUGGAUCGGUUUUACGCGCUGCGCACCAAGUAUCCCGAAUACUUUAUUGGACACAAUGUUGAUGUGGACAAGCUGCUUGCUCUCUUCCGAUUCGGGACUGCUAUCGUGCUGCCACGCCCACUGCAUGAUAAUGGGCCACGGCUAGUUGUAUUGCGCAUGGCCGCCUACAAUCCCGAUGAGUACAAUUUCAUUGAAAUCAAUCGGGCCAGCAGUCUAAUGCAUCAAAUAAUGCUCGAUGAAGACGAUGAUGCUAUAGUCAAUGGGGUCAUACACAUACUGGACCUGAGCGACGUAAAGGCUGGGCACUUCUUUCAGAUGACGCCUUCCUUUGCCAAGAAGAUGACCGUUUUCCAGGAGGAGGCACUGCCCAUGCGCACAAAGGGCACGCAUUUCAUCAACACGCCCGCGGGUUUCGAUAAGGUCUUCAACAUGUUCAAGCCGAUGAUGUCCAAAAAACAACAGCAACGACUUUAUGUGCACGGCAACAAUUUUGAGGCCAUGUACCAGCAAAUACCGCAAAAGUAUUUGCCUGUGGAGUACGGAGGCGAAAAUGGUUCCAUACCAGAACUGAUCAAGGAUUGGGAAGAGCGCAUAAACGCCUACAGGAAUUACUGGGUAGAGGAGCAGAACUAUGGCACAGAUGAGCGCCUCCGACCGGGCAGACCAAUUGACUUUGAGGGUCUAUUCGGGCUGGAGGGUUCGUUCCGACAGCUGAAUGUCGAUUAGGGCCCGGUCAAUGGGGCGUUCCAAAUUUGUUAGUCUAUAUAUAGCGUAUGCCUUAUCUAUAUCUUAAGUAUUGAUAUUUCAUAACUUGAGUUUUACAACCAAGCUUUGAUAAUGAACAUUUGUGGUGUGAACAAAAAUGGCAGUGCACUUUUUUUACAAUCUUGUCCAUUUAAAAA